AACAUGGCGGCGCAAACAGCAAGGAAGGACCACUACGUGGGAGAAACACACAGAUUUCUUAGAGAUGGUUUUGGAGUGUACAGUUAUGGAAACAAGUUCUUCAGAUAUGAAGGAGAGUGGAAAAAAGGGCGGAAGCAUGGUCAUGGAAAGUUCAUCAUGGCUGAUGGAAGCUACUAUGAAGGAGAGUUCAAAGAAGGUGAAAUAGAAGGUUAUGGGUUUCGAUACUAUGCUUCCAAGGGCACCUCAUACACCGGACAGUUCCAUCAAGGAGAACCUUGUGGUCAAGGGGUCUUCAAGUAUGAGGACGGCACUGUGUAUGAAGGAGAAUUCAAAGACGGGAAAAGAUCAGGUUAUGGGACUUUGAAGGCUCCAGGCACUUUUUCCUAUGAGGGAUUUUUCCAUGAAAACAAACGUCACGGAGAGGGAGCCCAGACUUAUACAAAUGGUGAUCGUUAUGAUGGAGAUUGGAUAAAUGAUAAACGGCAAGGACAUGGAGAGCUGCGACAAGCAGAUGGGACAAUAUAUGAUGGUCAGUGGAGACAAGACAUGAUGAAUGGACAGGGCACAAUGAUCCACAGCUCAGGCUGUAUCUAUGAGGGCAUGUGGUUCAAUAACAGGCCUGCUUGUCUGUCGACAAAGCUGAUUAUUUUCCUGGAUACACCAGAGAUUGAGGAGGAAGGAGAUUUUGUAAUUCGUGUAGAAUGUCACAACAACAACGGUGACCUGAUUGAGGAGGAUAGAGGGAGAGAACUGCGGUUGUCAGCCGGGUUUAAGUGGCAACCCCCGAAGGAUCCUCCACCUAUAAAAGAGGGAACAGCUUUAUUUGAUGUUAUAGAGGAUUUGGAAGAAAAACACAUUUGCACACCAUUUGGCUAUGAGGUUGUAAGUUACCCACUGACGGAUCAGUUGCCAGGCAUGUCUGCAGAGGCAGAGACCACCCCUGACACAACACAGGCAUCUGAAACCUUACCAGAAGAGGAAAGAGAAGAGGGUGGGACAGAUGAUGCAAUAGCUGAAAGUGAAGAUGUGAAAGAGGAGUCGAUGUCCCCCAGACAAACUUCUCCUGUCACAGCCGAGGAAUCCACCGAGACCCUUACAGGUGAUGGUACAACAACAGCAGCAGACACAGAAGAGUUCAAAGCCAGUGUGGGCACUCCACUCCCACCCCCUGUGACCAAUAAGAGGACAGAGGCAGGAAGAUGUGUCUGGGAAAACCUUCGUUUAGCCCCACCUCCUCCCAUGUACCGGCCGUUUGUUAUGUUAGAUGAGGCAGGGAGGAAGAGCAAAACAAAAGUCAACCCUGAGAAAAUGACAGACAAGAAGCCUUCUGAAACAAGUGUGGAUGACAAGGGUAAAGCUAAGAAGACAGCAGAUACACCUCAAUACCCUCGAGCAGGAGAAUAUGUGAUUAUGGUUCAUGAUGUGACAAACCCACCAUUCAUGGGAGAGACCUUGGAACCAGGAUUUGCUCUCUUGACGAUAAAACAGAAAAAGAAGCCUCUACAGAGACGUGAGAGCCGGGCCAGCACUCAUUCAGUUGAAUCUGAACCUGUGGACACACUUAUGGAGGGUGGGACACACAGCAACAUAUCGCACAGUCCACAGCAGGCUAUGAGCGAUCCUGACCUAUGAAACUCAUCAGUACACAUGGAAGAUCCAGAUGAUGUGUAACCGGAAUAACACUUUUCCUGCUGGGAAAUUUUCAAGGAAAGCUUUCAUCACAUGCAAUCUUCAGGGACAGUCUGCCGAGUAUUGCCACUUCUUCAAAUGCACUCUCUCCAGAAAGGUUUUGUCCAAUAAAAUCUUUUUGUCCAUAAAAGAUACUAACCAAUGAAAUUAGCCGAGACCUUAUCUUCAAGGGCUGAUCCUAACCAUGUCGACUUCAUGCAGCUUUUAACAGUUUUCAGUCAUGUUUUCUGGUACAUGUGUAUUACCAGGUAACAAAAAUACUGAUGUUUAUUUAAUUUAUUUAUGUGACGCUGUUCCUUGAAGCUGUUGAGCGCUCAGUUGAUUGUAACUACAUGUACCACAGAAUCCUACGUAUGUACUGGUCAUGUGUGACACUGUGAUAUUUACACUCAGCCUUAGCCUCGUGUAUAAAUUGCUUUGUUGAUCGAGGCCCAUGUUACAAAAGUUAAGUAUUAAAUGACUGUUUGAAGAAAUCGUCCUCGUCCUGUGAUAAAACUUGUAGAGUCUAUUCACAGCACUGUUGUUUCUGUUUGUAUUAAUACUAUAUCUAAGUAGUAAUACAUUUACAGAUGUUAUCUAAAAAACUUCAUUCAUUCAUUGUAUUUUGUAUUUCUUAUGUACAUACACCUGACUAGUGACUGUCAAAAAUCUGGAACCAGUAGAACAACUUUGGCAAGUUAGUGAUAACCUUUCCCCACAUGUGACAUACAGAUACACUCUACACACCGUAGUGGUGAGAGACAAGUGGUCUUUAAUGAACAUCAAACUGCUCAAAUAUGGCUGCUUAUUGAACAGGGAGGGCAGGGAGUAUACAAAUCACCAUGUGGGUCCUCGCCCUGGUUGACCGCAGCCCACUCCCUGGUUUUCAGGUUUAUGGGUGGAAGACACUGGGGGUAAAAAGCCUAACCUUUGGCAGGUUACCGACACACUUUUGCAGGGUGUGACAAACUUACUUGCACUGCAUAUCAGUGGACGACAGGUUAUCUUCAAAGAAUGUUAUUGCGUGAAUAUUAUGGAAACUACCCCCCCCCCCCCCCUCCCAAUGGGAUCUAAAAAUCCAAAAGUGGAAUAAAAAACAAAACUGAAACUUCGUCACUUGACUUUGUCUGAUUUUUGGGGUUUUAUUUUAUGAAUUUCCAGGUUUUUAAGGUUAUCUGAUCAUACAAAGAUGACUUUGACAGGAAAA